UGUGGCCAUAUGGCGAUGUCGGUCGGUCCGUGCCCGCGCCAGAGGCGGGUGGGUGUGAGCCGGAGGGUUCCCCCCGCGGGGCCGGGCUGCUCCGCUCCCGGGGCGGGGCCGGUUCCCGUUCCCGUUCCCGGUUCCCGUUCCCGGUUCCCGUUCCCGGUUCCCGUUCCCGGUUCCCGUCCGGCGCAGCCGCCGCCGUGGGACCCCCCAGGCCGGCGGGACGAGCCCAUGGCCCGGAAGGAGCCGCUGCUGAGCGCCCUUAAAGGCGGGGUGCUGCGGCUGCGGGAGGGUGGGGGGCCCUGCACGGAUGCCUCGCCACACCUCACAUCCCUCUGCCAGCUGCUGGAGAGCAUCCUGCGCAAGGGGCUCCGACAACCAUCCUGGGGCUUCAGGAGACGGGAUUACUGGCACUGGCUGGAGCAGCUUCCCACAGAGGACAGUAGCAGGCCGACACCUCUCUCCAUCAGCAUCCAGAAAGCCAGCAGCUGUGAGAAGGUCCAGACGACGCAGGGUCGCGGGCGGUACUUUCUGCGCUUGGCCCUGCAAGGGAAGGUGCUGGCGGCAGCCGUGCGGCAGCUGGCACAGACCCCCCGGCUCCUGGAGUUUUAUGAUCCGGUGAGCUCCAUCCUUGGCAAUGAAGACCUCCUGGAGCCUUUCCUCUCACUGCUGCUGGUGGUGACAGAGAUGGAUUUCUCCCUGGACCUGCAGAAUUGCAGUUUCCUGGAUGAAAGCUGGCUGCUGCCGGUGUGCAUCACUUACGAGACGGUCCCAUGCCGAGUGCUGGGGAUGGUGCUCAGAUAUGUGGAUGGCCGGGUCUUUGUCACCGAGGUGCUCCCUGAGAGCCAGGCGGAGGUGGAUGAGGUAGUGCUGGCCGGUGACAUCCUCGAUGAGAUCAAUGGCUGCUCACUGAGAAAUGCCUACAAUGGGCAGGCUGGGGCGGUGCUGCAGAAGCUGAAGGGACAACCUCUCAGCUUCCGCCUGCUGCGGUGGUGGUGGCAUGACGGGGCGGUCUAUGAGCCGCUGCUGCCCUACCUGAAGGUCCUGAAGGAGAAGGAGCCCAAAUUUCAGCUCCAGCGCGGCCCCCGAUGUGAGGGGCGGACACAGAGGCUGCAGGGGGGCAGGCUGCUCUACAACCUGAAGUAUCUGGGCCAGACCCGCGUUGGAGAGUACGGUGGCAAAGAGGUGCUGGAGCGGGCCAUCCCCGCCGUGCUGGAGAGGCACCUGGCAGCACAGGAGGUUUUAUGUGAUGUGAGGGAAGCAGAAGUCCUUGUACAGGAGAAGACUUCUUCCAAGCUCCUGUGCCGCCACCCCUACCCCACCAUCUCCUGCGUGGGACGCUGCCUGGACCGCAGCCACAUAUUUGCCUUCUGCGUGGCCGCUUCCCCCGGGAGCCCUGAUGGGAGCACGUUUGACUGUCUGGUGUUUGCAGCGAGUUCUGAGCAAGAAUGUGAGGAAAUCAUCAGGAGAAUCGCUGCAGGAUUUAAGCACACGGAGUGGUUUGUGUGACACGGGACAGCCCUGGCUCCAGAGCGAUGCAGACCCUGGCUCCUGGGAGCUGCGUUGGGUUUCAAGUUUUCAGGCUGUUGUGGAAGGAAAUGCUGUAAAUGCAUUUGCUCUCUGAACAAUGGUGCAGUGGGGCAGCGUUGACUCACCUCCUGCUCUCUAGCGUAAACCAUCACUGUUCUUACUGAAAUGCCACUUCUGCCACAGCACUUUGAAUUUCAUUGAAAUAAAUCCAGAUAAGCUGGCUGAACCAC